GCCCGAGUGGAGUGAACGAGAAAGUGAAAGUAUAUUCAUUAUAACUGUGGCUGCUGCAGUAACUUCUGCCUUCAUGAAGGAUAAAAGUCUGUAAAGAUUUGGUAAAGAUGAAACUCUCACUUGGAAUUCUCAGUGUUCUGGUCCUCUGGGGUCUUCAGCAAAUACAGGACUGUAGAGGACAGGCUCUGAUUGGCUCUUCUCUGCCAAUAAUGGCUAUAGUUGGUGAUGAUGUCAUUCUGCCGUGUUUUCUCCAACCUCCCAGAAACGCUGCAGCUUUAACUUUUGAGUGGACCCGACCAGACCUGCAGCCCAGAUUUGUAUUUGUUUGGCGACAGAAUGAGAUAAGAGACAUAAAAAAUCCACAAUUUGUCAACAGGGCGUUUCUGUUCCAAGACGAGUUGAAACAUGGGAACAUUUCACUGAAACUGACAAAUGUGAAACCAAAGGACAGUGGCGUCUACAGGUGCUUCAUCCCUGCACUGGAAAAGGAAACCUCCAUCAAACUAACUGUUGGCUCCUCGUCCCCAGUGGUGGUGUCUGUAGCAGAGGUGGAUGUGUGGGGUCCACGUGUGGUGCUGCACUGUGCCUCUGGGGGCUGGUCUCCGGAGCCUGAGCUGUGGUGGCUGGACUCUGAGGGGAGGCUGCUGUCUGUGGAGCGCUCUGUGUCUGUGUCUGAUGGAGUCUAUGAGGUCAGCAGCAGAGUGACUGUGAAGCAGAGCGGCACCUUCAACUGCACCGUCACCCAGAGCUCCACCAACCUCUCAGAGUGGAGCAGUGUGCAAGUGGAAGAUGAUGUUUUUAGACUGAAGAUUUUUCCUCUUGUCCUUGGUUUAAUGAUUGGUUUGGCUGUUUUUGCUGGAGUUGCUGUUAUUUCGUGGAUUCUCUUUUGCAUAACUAAACAAAAAUAUUCCCAGCAGGAAUCCAAGUGUGCAGACAAGGCUGGAGAGACGUCUUUUCAGGCUCAUGUCCUGACUUAUGUUUUUGUCUUUAAAAAGGAGGAUUUACAGACGCAGCUCAGCAGACUCCAACAAGAGUUUAAUCUUUCAGAAAAGGUAAAAAAUGUGAAGCGUAAGAGGGAGAUUUCAGAGACAAGAUCUCCUUUAAUCAUAGACCAUCUGGACCAUUGUGGCAGAAGUUUCAGUGUGAAAAAAGUAAAGCCAUGGGACUUUAAAGACUGGAGCGUCCAUAUUGAGGUGGGCAAUGACAAAGCUCUCAUAUUUAAAUUGGAAUCUUUUUUAACAAUAAAGAUGGACAGAAUUGUGACUAUUUGGGCUGAAGGCUGUUGUCCACCAGAUGCAGAUAAACGUUAUAAUCAGGAGUGGAAGGACCAGGCCCCAUGGAACACUGGGGAAAUAGCCUUUGUUUCUCUCUAUAACGAAUAUAAUGAGUUGAUGGACAGAAUAUGUGAAUGGAUGUACUUUGAUCCACCAAUAUAAACCAGCUGAUUAUAAUUGACCUG